AUGGCUACAACACCGAAAUACAGAAUCGAAAGUAUUCUGACCAACGUUCGGAGCGAUAAUCACGAUGCCCGCUUCUCCGUCUGCCGGAAUGGGAGGGUAUUCUACAUCACGAUCUCACCGACCAAUUUUACCAACUCUCCCAACAUGACCGAGAAGUACAUGACAUAUCUUGAAGUCCUCAAGUCACGCGAAGAGGUCAUCGGCGAUAUCUACGAUACUGAUGUCUAUGAAUGGGUCAUGGCCCCGUUUGAGCCUCUCCUGGUUGAAUUUGCGCCUGCUCCAGAAUGUAACCCCAAAGACAUCAGAGUCACCCUGGAAGAGCAUUUAUUUCCCGAGUUCUUUGUCUUUCAACUAGACAUCAUUGACGAAAAACUAUGUCCUCGACGUGUUGAAACAGAGGCGUCCCCUUCACGUCCAUCUUUUGUACGCUUUGACGAUGACUUUUGCGAUGACUUGGAGACUUGGACUGCCUUCUAUGAUCCUGCCGGAAUUAUCUUGAGCUUCAAGGACCCCAAAGAUGCGCUCUUCAAGCUGCCGGACAAGGCUCUAAUUGAAAACUGCCAGACUGAAUGUUUCUUCAAGCCAUGCACCUCUGGCGUCCAAACCAAGCAGGAACUUAAAGCUUACAAGUUGAUUCAUGCUGCUAGUUUGGACUCUCAACUAAAUCUUUGUCAUCUUUAUGGUGUCGUCAUGGAUGAAUACGACUUUAUUCUUGGCCUUUUGCUCACCUAUAUUGAUAACCGGGGUUGCCCACUAUCAACAAAGAUCGCACCCGGAUACCCUGACGACCCUCCGCUUGAAGUGAGACAACGAUGGAUGGACCAGAUUGAGGCUGCAGUUUCGGGCUUGCAUAAUGAUGGUAUAAUCUGGGGUGAUGUAAAGGCGGAAAAUGUCUUGAUAGAUCAGGAUAGUAAUGCGUGGAUUACUGAUUUCGGUGGCGGCUACACCAGAGGCUGGGUUGAUAAGGAGGUGGCGGAGACUAUAGAAGGGGAUCGGAUGGGUAUGGCGAGGCUAAGAGAGUUCGUCUUUCCAGAAUCAAAAGCAGAACAGUAG